GAGUUCACAGCUUUGACUUUUCUAACGCAGAAGAGCUCAUUCUUUGCAGGGAAACAGCGGAGUUGGCGCUGAUGCGUACUGGCAUGUGAUCCCACUUUGUCAAAUCAAUCUCCCCCCCAAUGCUGUAGCCUUUCAUUAAACUUUCCAUGCUGUUGACCGUCCAGUGGAAAGCACUGAGGAGGUUUGUCCGGACCGUAUCAGCUCCUGCUACGCCGCCUGCUGCGCUCCGGCUCUCAUCCAUCAUCAGCUCUCCAGGUUCAGAGGGACUCGCACGGCCCGGGGUGCUGGCUCGGCUCUCCCGCACACAUGGAGGGAGACGUUAUGGACAACGUUGAGGCCACGGCGACGGUCUGUGACUUCGACCCCAUCAGCGGGAGCAUCCCGGCAACCAAAGUGGAGAUCACCGUGUCAUGCAGGAACCUCUUGGACCGGGACACUUUCUCCAAAUCUGACCCAUUGGUGGUAUUGUACACCCAGGGUGUGGAGUGCAAACAGUGGAGAGAGUUUGGGAGAACAGAAGUGAUAGACAACACGCUAAACCCAGACUUUGUCAGGAAGUACAUCCUGGACUACUUCUUUGAGGAGAAGCAGAAUCUGCGCUUUGACGUAUAUGAUAUUGACUCUAAAAGUCCCGACCUGGCAAAACAUCCAACCGACUUCAACGACUUCCUGGGACAGGUCCACUGUACUCUGGGAGAGAUCGUGGGCUCACCUGCUAGUCGCCUGGAGAAACCUCUGGGUGGCAUACCAGGGAAAAAAUGCGGGACUAUUAUCUUGUCUGCUGAGGAGCUGGGAAACUGCAGAGAUUAUGCCACCAUGCAAUUCUGUGCCAACAAACUGGAUAAAAAGGACUUCUUUGGAAAGUCAGACCCCUUCAUGGUCUUCUACAGAAGCAAUGAGGAUGGCACGUUCACCAUCUGGCACAAGACUGAAGUGAUGAAGAACACGCUGAACCCUGUGUGGCAGCCCUUCUCCAUCCCUGUCAGAGCGCUCUGCAACGGAGACUAUGACAGGACAAUCAAAGUGGAGGUGUAUGACUGGGACAGAGAUGGAAGCCAUGAUUUCAUCGGUGAAUUCACCACCAGCUACAAAGAUCUGUGUCGAGGUCAGAACCAGUUAAACAUCUAUGAGGUGGUGAACGCCAAGAAGAAAAUAAAGAAAAAGAGAUACAUCAACUCUGGGACGGUGUCCUUGAUGUCAUUCAAUGUGGAGUCAGAGCACACCUUCCUGGAUUACAUCAAAGGAGGGACUCAGAUUCACUUCACAGUGGCCAUUGAUUUCACUGCAUCAAAUGGAAAUCCAUCCCAGUCCACUUCACUUCACUACAUGAACCCGUACCAGAUGAAUGCCUAUGCCAUGGCCCUGAAGGCUGUGGGAGAGAUCAUCCAGGACUAUGACAGUGAUAAGAUGUUCCCUGCGCUGGGAUUCGGUGCUAAGCUGCCCCCUGAUGGGAGGGUCUCCCAUGAGUUUCCUUUGAAUGGCAACAUUGAGAAUCCCUACUGUAAUGGCAUGGAGGGGAUCCUCGAUGCUUACCAUCAAAGCCUUAAGACGGUUCAGCUGUAUGGACCCACCAACUUCUCUCCUGUUGUUAAUCAUGUGGCGAGGUAUGCAGCAGCGGUGCAGGAUGGCUCUCAAUACUUUGUACUGCUCAUCAUCACUGAUGGGGUCAUAUCAGACAUGGCUCAGACCAAGGAGGCCAUAGUGAAUGCUGCUAAACUCCCCAUGUCCAUCAUCAUUGUAGGAGUUGGCCAAGCUGAGUUUGAUGCUAUGGUUGAGCUUGAUGGUGAUGACAUCAGGAUUUCAUCCCGGGGGAAGUUGGCAGAGAGAGACAUUGUUCAGUUUGUCCCAUUCAGAGACUACAUGGACCGCACAGGUAACCAUGUGCUAAGCAUGGCACGGCUGGCAAAAGACGUUCUGGCUGAGAUCCCGGACCAGCUGAUCUUAUACAUGAAGAGCAGAGCAAUUAAACCUAACCCUGUCCCACCAGCGUACUCCGUCGACAACCAUGCCCAGACCAACCCCGUGUGAGCCCCACAGACUGCUCUGUGUUGGGGCGGGGCAGGGGGAGGGACUGAUGGGACCCUGCAUCCACACCCAUCGUUUAGGAAAAUGGAAAAAGCUUUGAGGCUAAAUGAAGAGAUGGUGAGACUCCAUUUUGUUUCUGGAGCAAUGAGACCACUUAAAGGUGAAUAUGCCGAUGAUCAGGCAGGGUUUUUUCUCUCUGAUUGCUGUAGGAUGAAAGAGCUAAAGGAGCCUGGUGUAGGAGGAGAUUUAGUUGUACGCUGUCAAACCUGUCAAAGUGGUGAUGUAAUGGAUAACAAGUGAGCCCGUAGAGAGAGCCUGAUUGAAGGCAUAAAUAUAUUAGAUUGUGCCAGUUUGUAUCAUGUUUGUGAUACCUUUUGGAAUCGGUGUGUGUUGAACUAGGAAAUCAUGUGUAUACUUAUUUAUGCAUUUAUUUAUUUAUUGAAGAAAUAAUGUAUUUAUUUGGGGGGGGGGCUUUGAAGGUUGGGGUUAAAGUCAUAUUUCCCCUUCAGUUUUCCUUCUUAUAUUUUGUGACAAGUGUAAUAAAAAUCCCAUUUCUACUUUGAUAAGAACUGUAAUCUAACAGCAUGUGAUAAAAGCUAAUAAGCAGUUAUUUCAGUGAUAGAUAAUUUUUUGAUUGCAAGCUGUUAUAUAGAGGACCUGCUGUGUGCCGUUGCCAUACCGAUUUUCCAGCAUCACAUCUUAUACCUAUUUCUAAUAUUUAUAUAUAACAGAAUGCACUAAUUACUUUCCAAAUGAAAGCACAAAGGUUAUAAUGUUAAUAAGCUGAAAGUCAUUAUUCUAAAAGAAACAACAGUUACCACAAGGAGGAUAAUAGAAAGGAGUCCACAUUAAGUUCUCAGCUCGGCUUUUUGUCUCCCACCAUGAGUUUCAUACAAGAUGACAAGAGGAAGAGUAUUUAUAAGAAAAUGACUAUACUGAUAUAUUCAAAUGUGAUUAUAUUUAUUUUAAAAACAGUAUGUUUACAGAAGGAAAUAUGAAUAAUUCAGAGUAAAUGCUUGCUUCUCCUGUUAGUAUGCAGAGAGGUGAAUAAUAUUGCAUAAGCCAUGCUGCCAUAUCUCAUUCGUCAUCUUGCGGUUUGUGUUUUUUUCCAUUAUAGUCGUCGUGGUUACUGUUCAUUGUGUGGGAUUUUUUUUACUUCUAAAAGACCCUACAAAUAAACUUUGAUGAGACUGA